AUGUCUUUGCCGCAGCUGGGCCAUCGGAUCUUAGCAAGAUCAGAUUUGCAAAUGGGUCUUGUGUUUUCUGGAAUUUUGGCCGCGUUUCUUUGCCAGUCUGGGGCUCUUCUACCUGAAGCUGGGCCUGCAGAGGGUGUUGCCAAGUCAAGGGAACGAUACCUUUUGAGAAAUGAUGUCUUAGAGGCUAAGAUUGCGAUUGACAAUGGAGUACUUCAGCCGCUGGACUUUACAAACCGUAUCUCCGGACUUUCUCUUCCACUGCCAGCGUAUGCUUUCCAGGCCAAGGCCCAGGAUAGCAAUCUUACAAGCAAUCAGUUUUACGUUCGGGACGUAAAUUUGGCGCACCUCGAAGGAAAACCCAAUGCAUCACAGCUCAGCCAACAGGAAAGCGGAUGGCGCAUCAUAGUCCACUUGGAUGGGCCAAUGGAGGCAAAGUGGUCAAUCGAACUCCGUGAUGGCUCUAAUUAUGUGAAAAUUGCAUUGCACCUUGAGCAUGCCGCAUCAGGGCACUUGACCUCGCUUUGCCUUCUCAAUGGUGUUUUGAAAGGUGGCACUCUAGCCGGGAAAGUUGAAGGGGUUCCAAUUGUUUCUGAUGAUUUCUUCUUUGGCAUUGAACAUCCGACCGGCUCCAAUGCUGUCAAUACUGAUUGGGUCUACACAUGCUGCCUUCAGCUUGGCAAAACCAACUUGAGUGCGUCCACAUCUCGUGCCACAUUAGUUUUGGGUGCAAGCGUACCUGGUCAAACACGGCGAUCGUUCCUCCAGUACUUGGAACGUGAGCGAGCUCACCCCUCCCGCCGAAUGCUUCACUAUAACACAUGGUAUGACAUCGGGACAGGUCAGACAUAUUCAGCCAAAGAGGUCCGGUCUCGACUGCAAGAAAUUGCAAACCAGCUGGGCCAGCGAGGUCUUGCUUUGGAUGCUUUCCUUCUUGAUGAUGGCUGGGAUGAUCCUGAUACAGGCCCGUGGGAGCCGCAUGCUGGCUUCAAUGCAAGCGAACUGCUUCGCCUAGAGGAAACUGCGCGGCAUUUGAAGACUGGGCUUGGCAUGUGGUUUUCUCCAUUUGGAGGUUAUCACGAACCGAGGCAAAGACGUGUCAAAGCAGCUCGACUUGCUGGCAUUCCUGUGCGAGAAGAAGUACGAGAACGAAUACCUGCUACCCUUCGACCGGGCGUGCCUUGCUCCAAGACAUCUCCUUGCGGUGAGGGAGAGGGGAGUUGUCGCAGCAACGAUGAUUGCAAGGGUCAGCUGGAAUGUUGGCAUACCACUCAUCAUGUAAGCCCACCUGGCAUCGAUUUGUCCACAGCCCUUGAUGCUGAUGUUUGCUUUGACCCAAGUGUGCGAUCGUCAUAUUUGGGCCUGGGCAUUGCAGAGUACUACAAACAUUUGCAUUCAACAUUGUUGAAGUGGAUAUCCAAAGGAGCCAGGCUCUUCAAGCUGGAUGGCAUUGGCAACCCGUCGGGGAUGUCUGAAACCUUGCAAGAAGACUUUAUGUUUGCUAUGACAUUGAUUGCCACGCUCCGCCAGGUCAAGAGUGAUAUUUUUAUCAAUCUCUCCACAGGCACGUGGCCAUCCCCAUUCUGGCUCCUUCACUCAGACACCGUUUGGCGAAGGGGUCAUGACCAUUACUUUGAAGGACCACCUGGCCCCACACGUGAACGGUGGAUAACAUAUCGUGAUGCUAUGGUGCAUCAGAAUGUAGUUCUAGAGUCGCCACUGUUUCCUCUAAACUCAUUGAUGAUCCACGGCAUCAUCUUCGCACAGGAUGCAUGGGAUUUGAAUGCACCUGAAGGUUCAGGCACUGGCUUGUCAAGGAAUCCAUUUAAGAAUGAAGUGCGAUCAGCUUUUGGAUCAGGGGCAAUGUUGCAAGAGCUUUAUUUGACCCCGAGUCUUCUGACGAGCGAGAAUUGGGAUGAUUUGGCAGAAGCAGCUUUGUGGGCUUCUGGCCGUUUGGAUGUGCUUUCAGAUGUGCAGUGGUUUGGAGGUGAUCCAGCCAAAGGGCAAAUCUACGGUUGGGCUGCCUGGUGGCAAAGCUCUGCAAUUUUGACGCUCCGGAACCCUUCAACCUUUACGCAAGUUGUGGAGCUGGAUGUACUUCAUGUCUUCAAUUUGCCCAACAGCGAAGUGGCAACAACUUUGCAAUUGAACACUCCCUUUCCUGACCAAAGGCCGCGUCAGAUCUCUUUGCAGAAGGGUCAGCCUGCGAUAUUGACCAUGCCGCCAUAUGCAGUAUUCGUUUUUGAUUCCGGAGUCCCAAGCCCAUCUACGAUUUCCACCUAUACAGAUGCAAUCGACACCAAUUAUGCCAGUCUCCUUUUGUGGACGUCGUUUUCUGUUGCUGUUGCUACAUGGUUUAUGUGUUCCAGACCUUCCGGGCCAACUGCAUUGAAACCAUCAGGCGAGGAAUUGCGCCGCCUUCGCUUACAAGCCCUGGAGCGGGGAAGCUUUGGUACUCAUCGCGAAUCUCUGAACAGCGUUGGAGCUCAGAGUCUCGCCCAAGAGUCAAAUUGA